UCUAGAUCCAAAAAGCCAACUUGUUCCUUCUUCGUCCACCUUGAGCGAGAAAGGGAAGAACAAGAUUAACAGAACCAUCUAACAAAAUUAGAGGUAUUGGUUCUGAGAUCCUAUGAAAUGUGUGUCGACAACAACUCUCCUUUUUCUAAGGCGCAGCCUUUUAGGGUUUCUUUGGGAUGUUUUCCCUCCUCUUUCCCUGGAGCAGCAGCAUUGGCACCGGCAAUGCGAGGUAUGUGCAUCGAUGUGGCUGUGCGGCCGAGAGCGCUAGCGAUGUAGCCUCCUCUUGUCCGGAGGAUUUGGUAGCGAGGAUUGCCGGCAUUUUGCCAAAUGCGAGGCUAAAGAAGUCGCUCGAAACGCGCAAGCUGAGACGAAGCGUGGGCAUCGAUUAUGGCCUGGAGAGGACGGGAAUCGCUGUGACCUUCUGUGGCUUGGCUCCUCGUCCUCUAUCGGUCAGCAAACUCAAGGGUGACAAUCUCAUCAAGAAGCUGCUGUCUGUUGCAAAGAAGGAGAAAGCUGAUGAAUUUAUAGUUGGAUUGCCGAGAUCAUGGGACGCUCAGGAAACUGAGCAAUCAAACAAGACACGCACUUUCGCGGGAAGGCUUGCACAGUAUAGUGCUGAAGAGGGUGUGAGAGUUUUCCUUCACGACGAAUACAUGACAUCAGAAGAUGCGCUGGAGUUUAUGAUCUACAGGGGCAGCACCAAGAAAUCACGAAGGCUCGAAGUAGAUGCAUAUGCAGCCGUGAUUAUUCUACAGACAUAUUUUCACAACGAUGGCCGCUUUGCGCAGCUGAUGGUCCCCAAACGUGGGGAGCUCCAAGAGAAACUUUGCUCCAAAUAUUACCAGAGGUUGUCUCAAAUUGAAGAAGACGAAGACGAAGAUGAAGACAACGAGGAACUGUAAAGAUUUGGUUAUUUUUGCCCCUAUGAGUUGUCUACGAGUUCAAUAGCUCCUAAGCUAUGACAGCACGCGCCGGAUACUUACAAGACUGUCUUAUUCUGUGAUUGGAAAUUAUCGCCAAGGUCUGUGUUUGAUUCCGGGUUUUACUUCGAAGUUAUCAUAUUUUGGACAGGCUUUAAGCGAAUUUGUCGGUCAGAGCUCUCUGUAAGAAAUUUGGCUUCCAUUUUUCAACUGAGACUCACUCCCAGCCAACAAAGACUGAUACAAGAGACCAAGAGAACUGGACAUAGCUGGCUAAUUUCCUCCCAGUAAUCAUCUUCUUCCAGCAGCUUAUCUUCCAGAGUCUACUCCAGUCGCUCUUAGUCUUCGCGAAAAAGCUUUGGCGACCGACGCCCUUGCAGCAACUCCCACUCGGCUCGCUCGUUUUGAAAUCAAUAAACAAACUCGCUUUUGCUACC